UGUUUGUACAUUUGUAUGAAACUCUUUCAGGCCUUCAUGUGUCAUCAAUUAUGACUAUUUAUUAGGGAUAAUUCUUAUCAAUUUUAAAUAAAUUUAUUGAAACAUCAUCGUCUCACAGUUGGUUUUGGUUUUCUAUUGAAAGUAGACCAGUGAAUUUAUAAAUUUGUCGACUAACUGCGUAUUUGUUUUACAAUAAAUUCUUGAAGCAGCUACCGAUUUUUCCAAUGUUUUAAAUUUGAUCACCGUUAAAACUUAAUCAUGGAUUAUAAAUUGAUUGGAGCCUUGAUCGUGAUUAUAUCAUCAGUUAACUGCAUUCAAAUAUCUGAAACGCAAGAAAACUAUGUUGGAUUCCAUAAACGAAUAACUCGGCAGGCACCUGCCAAAAAAUGUUUCGCACUCGAUCGACCGCAGACCAAAUACAGUGAACUGCACGAGUUUGGCACAACGUUUGCCAAAAUGGUGACCGGCCUGCAGCAAGUCAAGGCCAGCUCAUCAGGUGACGUCAUCAUGUUCGUUGGCAACACUGGUGUGGGCAAAAGCUGUCUGGUGCACUUGCUGGCAGGUGACACUGCACACUUCACAGCUGUCGAAGACAGUCCUGGCACCAACAACUUCUACAUCGUCGACACAACUGGAAGCCAUGUGUCCACAGCCACCAUCAAAUCGACGACAACCUACCCAGAAGCGAUCAAGGACGCCCAGUCUGGCGUUGUCUUCUUUGACACACCUGGCUUCAGGGACACGCGCAGCGCCAUCCAUGAAGUGAUCGCAGCCUAUGGUCUCCAAGGCAUCGCCAAGUCUUCCAAACGCCUCAAGUUUGCACUGCUGGUCAACUAUGACUCACUGACCUUUAGCGGAUCCCGUGACGAUUUCGUCAACACGGUGCAGAGUUUCUUCAGUCUACUCCACAACCCUGACAAGUACAGGCUUGCCACACACCUGGUGGCCACCAAGGUCAACAAUGAUUACAUUGUCAAAAAGGGACAGGCUCUACCAGUGUCAGAUGACACCUUUGUCAGUGCCAUUGUCAGGUUUUUGGAAAACGUGAAGCAAACCCUGGAGAAUAACGAAAGUGAAGGCACCAACUAUUUUACCAAACAGUUUUCGUCUUUGGCGAAAUACUUCAUAGGUGACUUGAUUAAUAGCCGAAGUAGAAUUUCCUUAUUUAAAAAGCCUGAAGAAGAAGGACCUGUGAUGAAUUCAGCAUCAAUUCGUAGAUCAGUUGAGAAAAUCCGUCAAUCACUGUUAGACAAUGAUGGCUAUGUCAACGCUGGUGUCAAUGACUUUGGAUUUGCACUCUCUGAUAAGGCAAAGAACUACAUCCGUGACCUGUUCGACCUGAUGAACAACUACACAAUGGAUGUGAGUAAAUCAUUCACACAGUCGUUUGAACCAUUCCUGGUCUCCAAAUACAAGAACUCUGCUGAUAUCACAGAUAUUACAACUCGAUUACAACAAAUGAAACGUGAUGUCAGUGUGUUGAUCCAUUCGGCCAAUGUUUCUCAUCACCCUGAAGAGUUUGCAAAUGCUCUGCAGAAGUUUCUGCAUGAUGUAGGAGCUGACAUUUGCAACAAUGAAACAUUCAAAGAGAUUAAUCUACUGAACAGCUCUUUGAGUAAUCUGCAGGGUGUGACAGAAAAGAAUUUCUAUUCGCCUGAUAAAUGGGCUGCAUCUCUGUAUGAGAUUGAGCGUAUUGUGAAGAAUGAACAGGAUUACUAUGUGAUGCUUAACAAUCUGUUCAACAAGGUGACAGACCAUGCUGCUUUGAAUGAUGAUUUUUAUAUAGGCAUUGGCAAUGUGUUGAGAAAGCACAACAAGAAAACCAAAGUAGUUGAUAAACACAACUUUGAGCAUCUAAUGAGGCAUUUGGCUUUGAAUCAGUUUGCUGGUUUGAAAAUGAAUGAGGACCGGCUCAAUGAGAUCAACUCAAUCUACUUCAAAGCAAAGGAACAGUAUGAGCGCCAAACACAUUUCUGCAAGAACAACACGUUGGUCAUUCUGGGCAAUUUUCUACAGCUGCAGACACUGGACCGCAACAAGAUAUGUGCAGAUGUGACAACAGUUGCACUGUUGGCAACCAACCGAAUCUACAUUGACACCAAUUUGGGUGUGGAUGUCCUGGGUGGAAGAAAUCUAGUGAUCAUUGCUCCUGAGUGGCACGUGAUGGGAAAGUUUGUGAUCAGUGUUGAUGGUCCAUCGCAAGGUGCGCCGUCACAUAAAGCCCCCUAUGGAGAGGUUGGUGCUGAUGGUAAACCUGGACAGUCAGCAGGCAAGUUUGUUGGUGUUGCACUGCGCUACCACAACAGUGAACAGUUGACAAUCACCGCAAAUGGUGGCAGAGGACAGAACGGACAGGAGGGUGGUGAUGGUCAAGAUGGUCAAGAUGGACACGAUGGUACAGAGGAGAGGAAAAUAGAUGAAAGUAGUAAUAUCUAUUUGAUUGUCAACAAGUUCAAGAGUACUUCGCUCAUCCAAGCAGAGAAAGGGUCAAGUGGCGGUGAUGCAGGCGUUGGAGGGGUGGGUGGUGCAGGGGGGUUCAGCGGCAGCAUAGAGAUGCACAGUUUGACAGCGCAGCUUCCAGAUCACAGUAUCCAUGAGACGGUUGAUGGCACUGGGGGUGAAAAUGGCAAACAUGGUGUCCCUGGCAGGGGUGGUCUGCGUGGCUGUGACACUAUCAUAAAAAACCAUGAGAGUCGGUUUCUGUUCAUUCCAGUUAGCUCCAGUAAGCAGCAUGAGACGGUCAAUUGUGUGCGGAAGAAUGCCAACGGUCAGCUGGUGUCGAAUGUGGCCAAGUACAGUGAGACGCCUUCCGGUGUACCAGCGCCUCCAUCUAUCUGUGAACUCUAUGCCAAGAUGGCCGACCGGUUUGAGCCGGAUAUGUUCUCCAGUAAAGUUUUCGAAGAGUUCCAGCUCAACUUUAAUAAGAAGUUCAAUUGUAAAGUUUAAUUGAGAUCACAUAUUUCUGUUCAAUUAUGUUUCCAUAAGUUACAUUGCAAUGUGUGAUUGAAUAAUAUAUAUCAUUUAUAUAGUUGAAAGCAGUAAAGAUAUAGCACACAAGAUAUAA